AUGAGGCUGGGAUUCGUAAGAUAUUUGCUUCCAUGGUUGCUGAUACGCCAGGUAUUUUCUUUGGUCUUGAUUGACUCUACAGUUGCUUCUGCUUGUAUUUAUUAUGCGGCACAAUUUGAUUGGGAUUGUGGUUCACAUUCAAAUAAUAUGAAGGCAUAUGCCUGUCGUUGUGCUAAUAUCAAUUGGUUAGGUACAGUUACAAACUGUAUUAUGACAACAACUGAUGAAAAACAUUUAAUGGAAAAAGCAUUGAAACAUUUGUCUACAAGAUGCAUACAAAAAGCUGAUUUGGAUUACACCGUCUCAGAACUCCUCAAAAUUUAUGAAAAUGGUACUAAUUAUUUAAGAGAUUCAAAUCCAAUGGAUUUUGAUAUGCCCGUUUAUGAUACAUUGAAUAUUAAUAUGACUGCUUUUGAAUUCUAUCACUCCUCCUUCAAACAUUACACAGUAGCAGUUAGAACAUCUCAAUGGUUUGGAUGGGGUUUAGUCUUUUAUUGGGUUUUUAUUAUUUCUGUGGCAACCGUAUUUAAUACAUUUCCAAACACAAAACUGGUAUCAUUGUUUAAUAACAACAUAAUUAAAAAAAAACUUAUUCUACCAUCCAGUGUUAAAAACUACAAAGAUAGGACGUUAUUAUUAUGGGGUUUUAUCCCAUUCAAUUUCCACACCAGAUUAAAUACUUUGGUUGUUACAGUAUUUUGCAUUUUAACAGCAAUUACAUGCUGUGUUUAUUAUGAUGUUCCUUUGCCAAAUGCUUAUUUAACUUCUCAAUAUUCUAAAAAUAUUAAUUUGAUUAGCUAUAGGACAGAUAUAAUGUCAAUAUCAAUAUUCCCAUUGAUUUAUUUAUUUGGGACAAGAAACAAUCCAUUGAUUUAUAUUUCAGGUAUUCAGUUUCCAACCUUUAUUUUCUACCAUAAAUGGUGUGCAUACGUCUGUACACUUUUGGCAUUCAUACAUUCCUUGAUUUGGACUUACGAUGGUGUUAAGAAUGAUACUUAUAUUGCUCAGUUCGUGGACAACUAUUUUGUUUGGGGCGUAGUUGCUAUGGCAUUUAUGGGUUUCUUAGUAGUUCAAGGUGAAAAGGUUUUUAGAGACUAUUUUUACGAAACAUUUUUGGUUUUACAUAAAAUAUUCAACAUAAUUUUUAUUAUCAGCAUGUAUUACCAUAUGAAUAUUUUGGGUUGGUUAGGUUGGGUUUGGUCAAUGGCCGGAAUAUUAAUAUAUGACAGACUAAUGAGAAUUGUUCGUAUUAUAUGGAAUGGGGGUGUCCAUAAUGCUACUUUGUCAGUAUGUGGAGACGGAAUUAUAAAAAUAGAAAUGAAAAAACCAAAACAUUGUAAAUAUCUACCAGGUUCUUUUGCAUAUCUAUACUUCCUGGAACCUCAUAAUUUUUGGUUCUAUUGUUUUCAGUCUCAUGCAUUCUCUGUUUUAACAGAUCCACAAGAAGAUCCAAAAAAUACGAACCAUAUUAUAUUUUACUUUAAAGCUCAAAAAGGUAUAACAAAGGCGAUGUUGAAUAGAAUAUUAUAUGAGGGUAGAAACUUGACAUGUAAAAUGAUGAUCGAAGGUCCAUAUGGUACCGCUCCUACUCAAUUUUUAACUGAAAAGUUUAGCCAAAAUACUAGAAAAGUAGGUGUCGCAGCUGGUAUGGGUAUUGUUUCUAUUUAUCCAUUUUUUGUCCAAUUUCUUAAAAAUAAUAAGCAUAAAAGUUCGGAAACCAAAUUUUUUUGGAUUAUAAAUGAUUUAAGUGGUUUGACUUGGUUUCGCUCGGAAUUAAAAUUCUUAGUUGAUAAUGGAUGUGAUUUAACUAUAUUUGUUAGUAGAGAUAACGGCAGCGAUGUUGAAAUGGAAGUUAUUGAUUAUGACAAUAAAGAUAAAGAAAUUGUUUAUGAAAAUGAGAAUGAUUUUUUAUUAAAAUCGGAUUCUUCUGAUAUUGAAUUCAAUGUCAUCUUUCUGGGUAAACGACCAGAUUUACAUGCUUUAGUUAAAAAUGAGAUUGAUGCAUCCAAAACCUCUUUAAAAGAUAUUCAGUUUUUAUCAUGUGGACCUCCUAGUUUUAAUGAUAUCUUGAGACAUUCUGUUGUAGAUAACAUUACAUCUGAUUUAACAUUUGAAGUUGGAUACUCAGAAGAAAGCUUCACAUGGUGA